GUGGGGAGGCGGGGGGCGAUGGAGAGGCGGCCGCCGCGGUGGGGCCUCAGGGGGCCGACGGCCGCGCUGCUCCCGCUCCUGCUCCUCUCUUUGUUCCCUCUCAGCCGGGAGGAGCUGGGGGGCGCCGGGGGCCGCGGCUGGGGCGCGGAGAUGGCUGCUGCCCCGGAGCCCGGGGCGCGGGUCGGUGGCGGGGCCUUAGCUCUUUGUCCCGAGCCUCCCGGGACCCGGGAGGACGGGGAGCCCGGCCUGGGAGUUGGGGAGCCUGUCUUCGUGGGGCUCCGAGGGGGGAAGCCAAGCGCCCAGAGUGGCCGAGGGUCCCCCGGGCAACCGGAUGCGGGGCUGGGGGCGGAAUACGGGGGCCAGGCACUCGGGAGCCGCGGGCGAGGGGCCGGCCAGGGCCCGGGGUCUCCGUUAUGCUGGCGCCCGGAGGUUCCCGCCUGCGGACGGACAGGACCGUCACGAAGAGACAGCUUGUCGCCAGAGGCUCCGUCCCCAGCGAACAGCUUGCCCUUCCCGUCGGACCUUCUGGUUCGGCCCCAGAGGCAUGCUGGGAGAAGCGCCCCCCAAAAAGUGGGAACUACGCGAUGCUGCGGGGAAUUGUGGGUGCCGGGGCGCAGGGGCCAAAGCGAGAGAAUCCUGGGCCCCCGAGCCGAGAGGACGAUCUCCGGGACGGACUGUCCUCCCGGGGCCGCGGGGCCUGUCCCGGGCCCGGCUUCAGCACCGCGCACGGCCAGGACAGCUCCCGCGCCGGGUUCAGCACCGCGCGGUGACCGGACAGCUCCCGGGUCGGCGCCCGAGCGCAUGCGCCCCCGCGGCCUCGUCCGCCGCCGCUUCCCCCCGCUGCGCCCGGGGGUCCCGGCCCCGCCCGGCCCCUGGAGGACACCCCUGACGAGCCGGGCCCGCCCCCGUCGCGCCGCCAACCGCCACCCGCAGUUCCCGCAGUACAACUACCAGGCGCUCGUGCCCGAGAACCAGGCGGCGGGCACCGCGGUGCUGCGCGUGGCGGCGCAGGACCCGGACGCGGGCGAGGCGGGGCGCCUGGUGUACUCGCUGGCUGCGCUCAUGAACAGCCGCUCGCUGGAGCUGUUCAGCAUCGACCCGCAGAGCGGCCUCAUCCGCACGGAGGCCGCGCUGGACCGCGAGAGCAUGGAGCGCCACUACCUGCGCGUGACGGCGCAGGACCACGGCUCGCCGCGCCUCUCGGCCACCACCAUGGUGGCGGUGACGGUGGCCGACCGCAACGAUCACGCGCCGGUGUUUGAGCAGUCGCAGUACCGGGAGACGCUGCGCGAGAACGUGGAGGAGGGCUACCCCAUCCUGCAGUUGCGAGCCACCGACGGCGACGCGCCCCCGAACGCCAACCUGCGUUACCGCUUCGUGGAGCCGCUCGCUCCGCGCGCCGCCGCAGCCGCCGCUGCCUUUGAAAUCGACCCGCGCUCGGGCCUCAUUAGCACCAGCGGCCGCGUGGACCGGGAGCACAUGGAGAGCUACGAGCUGGUCGUGGAGGCCAGCGACCAGGGCCAGGAGCCCGGGCCGCGCUCGGCCACCGUGCGUGUGCACAUCACCGUCUUGGAUGAAAACGACAACGCGCCGCAGUUCAGCGAGAAGCGGUACGUGGCUCAGGUGCGCGAGGACGUGCGCCCCCACACGGUGGUGCUGCGCGUCACGGCCACGGACCGCGACAAGGACGCCAACGGCCUGGUGCACUACAACAUCAUCAGCGGCAACAGCCGCGGCCACUUCGCCAUCGACAGCCUCACGGGGGAGAUCCAGGUGGUGGCCCCGCUGGAUUUUGAGGCCGAACGCGAGUACGCUCUGCGCAUCCGGGCGCAGGACUCCGGCCGGCCCCCGCUGUCCAACAACACGGGCCUGGCCAGCAUCCAGGUGGUGGACAUCAAUGACCACGCGCCUAUAUUUGUCAGCACGCCCUUCCAGGUGUCCGUCUUGGAAAACGCGCCCCUGGGCCACUCGGUCAUCCACAUCCAGGCGGUGGACGCAGACCACGGGGAGAACGCCAGGCUGGAGUACUCGCUGACCGGGGUGGCCCCCGACACACCCUUCGUCAUCAACAGUGCGACUGGCUGGGUCUCUGUGAGCGGACCCCUGGACCGCGAGUCUGUGGAGCAUUACUUCUUCGGGGUGGAGGCCCGAGACCAUGGCUCACCCGCUCUGUCCUCCUCAGCCAGCGUCACGGUGACUGUGCUGGACGUGAACGACAACCGGCCCGAGUUCACCACGAAGGAGUACCACCUGCGGCUGAAUGAGGAUGCCGCCGUGGGCACCAGUGUGGUCAGCGUGACCGCCGUGGACCGUGAUGCCAACAGUGCCAUCAGCUACCAGAUCACAGGCGGCAACACCCGCAACCGCUUUGCCAUCAGCACCCAGGGCGGGGCGGGGCUGGUGACGCUGGCCCUGCCCCUGGACUACAAGCAGGAGCGCUACUUCAAGCUGGUGCUCACCGCCUCCGACCGGGCCCUGAUUGACCACUGCUACGUGCACGUCAACAUCACUGACGCCAACACCCACCGGCCUGUCUUCCAGAGCGCCCACUACUCCGUGAGCGUGAACGAGGACCGGCCCGUGGGCAGCACCGUGGUGGUCAUCAGCGCCUCUGACGACGAUGUGGGUGAGAACGCGCGCAUCACCUACCUGCUGGAGGACCACCUGCCCCAGUUCCGCAUCGACGCCGACUCAGGGGCCAUCACGCUGCAGGCCCCGCUGGACUACGAGGACCAGGUGACCUACACGCUGGCCAUCACCGCGCGAGACAACGGCAUCCCACAGAAGGCGGACACCACCUACGUGGAGGUGAUGGUCAAUGAUGUGAAUGAUAACGCCCCCCAGUUUGUGGCCUCCCACUACGCGGGGCUGGUCUCGGAGGACGCCCCGCCUUUCACCAGCGUCCUGCAGAUCUCAGCCACUGACCGGGACGCUCAUGCCAACGGCCGGGUCCAGUACACUUUCCAGAACGGGGAAGACGGGGAUGGGGAUUUUACCAUCGAGCCCACCUCGGGCAUCGUCCGCUCGGUGAGGCGGCUGGAUCGGGAGGCCAGGCCAGUGUACGAGCUGACGGCCUACGCUGUGGACCGAGGUGUGCCUCCGCUUCGGACUCCGGUCAGCAUCCAGGUGACCGUGCAGGACGUGAAUGACAACGCCCCCGUCUUCCCCGCCGAGGAGUUCGAGGUUCGGGUGAAGGAGAACAGCAUCGUGGGCUCGGUGGUGGCCCAGAUCACGGCGGCGGACCCCGACGAGGGCCCCAAUGCCCACGUCAUGUACCAGAUCGUGGAGGGGAACAUCCCGGAGCUGUUCCAGAUGGACAUCUUCUCCGGGGAGCUGACGGCGCUCAUCGACCUGGACUACGAGGCUCGCCAGGAGUACGUGAUCGUGGUGCAGGCCACGUCCGCCCCGCUGGUCAGCCGAGCCACCGUGCACGUCCGCCUCGUCGACCAGAACGACAACAGCCCGGUGCUCAACAACUUCCAGAUCCUCUUCAACAACUACGUGUCCAACCGCUCGGACACCUUCCCCUCCGGCGUCAUCGGGCGCAUCCCAGCGUACGACCCCGACGUCUCCGACCACCUCUUCUACUCGUUUGAGCGCGGCAAUGAGCUGCAGCUGCUGGUGCUGAACCAGACGAGCGGGGAGCUUCGGCUCAGCCGCAAGCUGGACAACAACCGCCCGCUGGUGGCCUCCAUGUUGGUGACCGUCACAGACGGGCUGCACAGCGUGACGGCGCAGUGCGUGCUGCGCGUGGCCAUCAUCACGGAGGAGCUGCUGGCCAACAGCCUGACCGUGCGCCUCGAGAACAUGUGGCAGGAGCGCUUCCUGUCCCCGCUGCUGGGCCACUUCCUGGAAGGCGUGGCCGCGGUGCUCGCCACGCCCGCCGAGGACGUCUUCAUCUUCAACAUCCAGAACGACACGGACGUGGGGGGCGCCGUGCUCAACGUGAGCUUCUCGGCGCUGGCGCCGCGCGGGGCGGGGGCGGGCGCCGCGGGGCCCUGGUUCAGCUCCGAGGAGCUGCAGGAGCAGCUGUACGUGCGCCGCGCGGCGCUCGCCGCCCGCUCGCUGCUCGACGUGCUGCCCUUCGACGACAACGUGUGCCUGCGCGAGCCCUGCGAGAACUACAUGAAGUGCGUGUCGGUGCUGCGCUUCGACUCGUCCGCGCCCUUCUUGGCCUCGGCCUCCACGCUCUUCCGCCCCAUCCAGCCCAUCGCCGGCCUGCGCUGCCGCUGCCCGCUCGGCUUCACCGGAGACUUCUGCGAGACCGAGCUCGACCUCUGCUACUCCAACCCCUGCCGCAACGGCGGCGCCUGCGCGCGGCGGGAGGGCGGCUACACGUGCGUCUGCCGCCCGCGCUUCACGGGAGAGGACUGCGAGCUGGAUACGGAGGCCGGACGCUGCGUGCCCGGCGUCUGCCGCAACGGGGGCACCUGCGCGGACGGGCCCUACGGCGGGUUCCGCUGCCAGUGCCCGGCGGGCGGCGCCUUCGAGGGCCCGCGCUGCGAGGUGUCGGCUCGCUCCUUCCCGCCCAGUUCGUUUGUCAUGUUCCGGGGCCUGCGGCAGCGCUUCCACCUCACGCUGUCCCUCUCGUUUGCAACAGUGCAGCCCAGUGGGCUGCUCUUCUACAACGGGCGUCUGAACGAGAAGCACGACUUCCUGGCCUUGGAGAUCGUGGCUGGGCAAGUGCGGCUCACCUACUCCACAGGUGAGUCCAGCACGGUGGUCAGCCCCACAGUUCCAGGGGGCCUGAGUGACGGGCAGUGGCACACGGUGCACCUGAGAUACUACAACAAGCCCCGGACAGAUGCCCUGGGGGCAGCUCAGGGCCCCUCCAAGGACAAGGUGGCCGUGCUGAGCGUGGAUGACUGUGACGUGGCCGUGGCUCUGCAGUUUGGAGCUGAGAUCGGAAACUACUCGUGCGCAGCUGCUGGCACGCAGACCAGCUCCAAGAAGUCCCUGGACCUGACAGGCCCUCUGCUCCUGGGGGGUGUCCCCAACCUCCCCGAGAACUUCCCCAUGUCCCACAAGGACUUCGUCGGCUGCAUGCGGGACCUGCACAUUGAUGGCCGCCAAGUGGACAUGGCGGCCUUCGUGGCCAACAACGGCACUGUGGCAGGCUGCCAGGCCAAGCUCCACUUCUGCGACUCGAACCCGUGCCAGAACCAUGGCCGCUGUGCAGAGCGCUGGGGGGGCUUCAGUUGCGACUGUCCUGUGGGCUUCGGCGGCCGAGACUGUCGGCUCCCCAUGGCCCAGCCCCACCGUUUCCGCGGCAACGGCACCCUGAGCUGGGACUUCGGGAAUGACGUGGUUGUGUCUGUGCCGUGGUACCUGGGGCUGGCGUUCCGGACAAGGGCGGCGCAGGGGGUCCUGAUGCAAGUGCAGGCCGGGACGCACAGCACGCUCCUCUGCCAGUUGGAUCGGGGGUUGCUGUCCCUGACGGUGACCCGGGGCUCGGGCCGUGCUGCCCACCUCCUCCUGGACCAGGUGACCGUCAGCGACGGCAGGUGGCACGACCUGCGGCUGGAGCUGCAGGAGGAGCCAGGUGGCCGGCGGGGCCACCAUGUCCUCAUGGUCUCGCUGGACUUUAGCCUCUUCCAGGACACCAUGGCGGUGGGGAGCGAGCUGCAGGGCCUGAAAGUGAAGCGACUCCAUGUGGGAGGCCUGCCUGCCAGCAGUGGAGAGGAGGCUCCUCUGGGGCUGGUCGGCUGUGUCCAGGGGGUGUGGCUCGGCUCCACGCCUUUGGGGUCCCCAGCCCUGCACCCCCCCGCGCAGCGAGUGAACGUGGAACCUGGCUGUGUCGUGGACAGCGCCUGUGCGUCUGGGCCGUGCCCGCCCCACGCGGACUGCCGUGACCUCUGGCAGACCUUUUCCUGCACGUGCUGGCCAGGUUACUAUGGCCCGGGCUGCGUGGACGCCUGCUUCCUGAACCCCUGUCAGAACCAGGGGUCCUGCCGGCAUCUCCCAGGGGCCCCCCACGGCUACACCUGUGACUGUGUGGAUGGCUAUUUCGGGCAGCACUGUGAGCACAGGAUGGACCAGCAAUGCCCGCGAGGCUGGUGGGGGAGCCCGACCUGCGGGCCCUGCAACUGUGACGUUCACAAGGGCUUUGACCCCAACUGCAACAAGACUGACGGGCGGUGCCACUGCAAGGAGUUCCACUACCGCCCCCGGGGCAGUGACGCCUGCCUGCCGUGCGACUGCUACCCUGUGGGCUCCACCUCGCGCUCCUGUGCCCCACACAGCGGGCAGUGCCCCUGCCGCCCGGGUGCCCUCGGCCGCCAGUGCAACGGCUGUGACAGCCCUUUCGCCGAGGUGACAGCCGGCGGCUGCCGAGUGCUGUACGAUGCCUGCCCCAAGUCGCUGCGAGCUGGUGUGUGGUGGCCCCAGACCAAGUUCGGCCUUCUGGCCUCAGUGCCCUGUCCCCGGGGGGCCCUGGGUGCUGCCGUGCGGCUCUGUGACGAGGACCAGGGCUGGCUGGAGCCCGACCUCUUCAACUGCACCUCCCCUGCCUUUCGCGAGCUCACGCUGCUGUUGGAUGGCCUGGAGCUGAACAGGACAGCACUGGAUACUGUGGAGGCCAAGAAGCUGGCUCAGAGGCUGCGGGAGGUGACCGGCCACACUGACCACUACUUUAGCCAAGAUGUCCGCGUCGCUGCCCGCCUGCUGGCCCACCUGCUGGCCUCUGAGAGCCACCAGCAGGGCUUUGGGCUGACGGCCACUCAGGACGCCCGCUUCAACGAGAAUCUGCUGUGGGCAGGCUCUGCCCUGCUCGCCCCGGAGACUGGGGACCUGUGGGCCGCGCUGGGGCAGCGGGCGCCCGGGGGGUCCCCCGGCAGCGCCGGGCUGGUGCGGCACCUGGAGGAGUACGCGGCCACACUCGCCAGGAACAUGGAGCUCACGUACCUGAAUCCUGUGGGGCUGGUGACGCCCAACAUCAUGCUCAGCAUCGACCGCAUGGAGCACCCCAGUCCGUCCCGGGGCACCCGUCGCUACCCUCGUUACCAUAGCAACCUGUUCCGUGGUCAGGAUGCCUGGGACCCUCACACCCAUGUGCUGCUGCCUUCCCAGUCCCCACGGCUGUCCCCACAUGACGUUCUGCCCACAGGCGGCAGCGUGGAAAACUCUAGCUCUGCACGCGUGGCCCCCCCGCCACCUGCGCUGGAGCCCGAGCCGGAGCCGGGGACCUCCAUCGUCACCCUCCUGGUCUACCGCACGCUGGGGGGGCUGCUCCCCGCCCAGUUCCAGGCCGAGCGCCGGGGCGCCAGGCUCCCUCAGCACCCCGUCAUGAACUCCCCGGUGGUCAGCGUGGCUGUCUUCCACGGACGCAGCUUCCUGCGGGGCAUCCUGGAGGCCCCCAUCAGCCUGGAGUUCCGCCUGCUGCAGACGGCGAACCGCAGCAAGGCCAUCUGCGUGCAGUGGGACCCGCCUGGCCCGGAGGACCAGCACGGAGUGUGGACGGCACGGGACUGCGAGCUGGUGUCCAGGAACGGGUCCCACGCACGGUGUCGCUGCAGCCGGACGGGCACCUUCGGGGUCCUCAUGGACGCCUCCCCCCGUGAGCGGCUAGAGGGCGACCUGGAGCUGCUGGCUGUGUUCACGCACGUGGCCGUGGCCGUGUCGGUGGCCGCGCUGCUGCUGACCGCGGCCCUCCUGCUGAGCCUGCGCAGCCUCAAGUCCAACACACGGAGGAUCCAUGCCAACGUGGCGGCCGCCCUGGGGGUGGCCGAGCUCCUCUUCCUGCUGGGGAUCCACAGGACCCACAACCAGCUGGCGUGCACCGCGGUGGCCAUCCUCCUGCACUACUUCUUCCUCAGCGCAUUCGCGUGGCUCCUGGUGCAGGGGCUGCACCUCUACCGCGUGCAGGUCGAGCCCCGCAACGUGGACCGCGGCGCCAUGCGCUUCUACCACGCCCUGGGCUGGGGCGUGCCUGCUGUGCUGCUGGGCCUUGCCGUCGGCCUGGACCCUGAAGGCUACGGGAACCCCGACUUCUGCUGGAUCUCGGUCCACGAGCCCCUCAUCUGGAGCUUUGCAGGCCCUGUCGUCCUUGUCAUUGUGAUGAGCGGGACCAUGUUUCUCCUGGCUGCCCGCGCGCCCUGCGCCUCCGGGCAGAGGGAGGCCAAGAAGACGUCUGCGCUGACCCUUCGGAGCGCCUUCCUGCUCCUGCUCCUGGUCAGCGCCUCCUGGCUCUUCGGGCUCCUGGCAGUCAACCACAGCGUCCUGGCCUUCCACUACCUCCACGCCGGGCUCUGCGGGCUCCAGGGCCUGGCCGUGCUGCUGCUCUUCUGUGUCCUGGAUGCCGACGCCCGGGCCGCCUGGACGCCCGCCUGCCUGCGCAGGAAGCCGGUGCCCGAGGAGGCCAGGCCCGCGCCGGGGACGGGGCCUGGGGUUUACAACAACACGGCCCUCUUCGAGGAGAGCGGCCUCAUCCGCAUCACCCUGGGCGCCUCCACCGUCUCCUCCGUGAGCAGUGCCCGCUCCGGCCGGGCCCAGGACCAGGACAGCCAGCGGGGCCGGGGCUGCCUCAGGGACAGCGUCCUGGUCCGACACGGCUCGGCUGCGGACCAUACUGACCACAGCCUCCAGGCUCACGCCGGCCCCACAGACCUGGACGUGGCCAUGUUCCAUCGAGACGCUGGCGGAGGUGCAGACUCCGACUCCGACAGCGACCUGUCCUUGGAGGAGGAGAGGAGUCUGUCCAUCCCGUCCUCCGAGAGCGAGGACAACGGCCGGCCGCGGGGGCGUUUCCAGCGUCCGCUCUGCCGGGCCGCCCAGAGCGAGAGGCUCCUCAGCCACCCCAAAGAUGUGGACGGCAAUGACCUCCUGUCCUACUGGCCCGCCCUGGGCGAGUGUGAGGCUGCGCCCUGCGCUCUGCAGGCCUGGGGCUCCGAGAGGCGCCUGGGGCUGGACACCAGCAAGGACGCGGCCAACAAUAACCCGCCGGACACGGCCCUGACCAGCGGCGACGAGACCUGCCUGGGCCGGGCCCAGCGCCAGAGGAAAGGCAUCCUAAAGAACCGGCUGCCGUGCCCACUGGUGCCACAGCCCCGAGGCACCCCUGAGCUGUCCUGGUGCCGCGCAGCCACCUUGGGCCACCGCGCCGUGCCGGCGGCCUCCUACGGCCGCAUCUGUGCCGGGGGCUCGGGCAGCCUCUCGCAGCCGGCCAGCCGCUACUCCUCCCGCGAACAGCUGGACCUGCUCCUCCGGCGGCAGCUGAGCCGCGAGCGGCUGGAGGAGGCCCCGGGCCCUCUGCUGCGCGCCCUCAGUCGGCCGGGCUCCCAGGAGCGCCUGGCUGCUGCGCCCGGCCGCCCGGAGCCCAGGGACCGGGGCAGCACCCUGCCGCGGAGGCAGCCGCCCCGGGACGGCCCCGGCGCCGCCGGCCGCUUCCGGUCACGGGAUGCGCUGGACCUGGGCGCGCCCUGCGAGUGGCUGCGCACGCUGCCCCCGCCCCACAGCGCCCGGGACCGGGACCCACCGCCCCCGCCUCGGCCCCUGUCUCCCCAGCGGCAGUUCUCCAGGGACCCCCUCUUGCCAUCCCGGCCCCUGGACUCUCUGUCCCGGAGCUCGAACUCAGGGGAGCGGCUGGACCAGGUGCCUAGCCGGCACCCCUCGCGCGAAGGCCUGGGGCCCCCCCCACAGUUGCUCCGAGUCCGGGAGGACCCGGCCCGCGGCCCCUCCACCGAGCAGCUGGACAUCCUCUCCUCUAUCCUCGCCUCCUUCAACUCCUCGGCCCUCUCCUCCUCCGUGCAGUCCUCCAGCUCGCCCUCCGGCCCCCACACCACGGCCACGCCUUCCGCCACGGCCUCCGCGCUGGGGCCCUCCACGCCGCGCUCGGCGACGUCCCACAGCAUCUCGGAGCUGUCGCCUGACUCGGAACCGGGGGACACCCAGGUACUGCGGACCACCACGGAGGCAAUGGAGCGGAGGAGGCGGGACUACCGUGUGGAGCGGCAGCUGCUGGACCAGGAGCAGCUGGAGGAGCUGGGGCGCUGGGGCCCGGCACCCCGGACCCGCUGGUGGCGAACCUCUUUGCAGUGCUCCCGGGCCCGGGCCCGAGCCCUGCUGCUGCAGCACCUGCCUGUCGUGGCCUGGCUGCCCCGGUAUCCUGUGCGCGAGUGGCUCCUGGGCGACCUGCUGUCUGGCCUGAGCGUGGCCAUCAUGCAGCUGCCACAGGGCCUGGCCUACGCCCUGCUGGCUGGACUGCCCCCUGUGUAUGGCCUCUACAGCUCCUUCUACCCUGUCUUUAUCUACUUCCUGUUUGGCACUUCCCGGCACAUCUCGGUGGGCACCUUUGCUGUCAUGUCCGUGAUGGUGGGUAGCGUGACGGAAGCCCUGGUCCCGGACGAGGCCGUGAACUCCACCGUCAACGUGACGGCCAGGGAUGCUCACCGGGUGCAGGUGGCCUCCUCUCUCAGCGUCCUGGUGGGCCUCUUCCAGGUGGGGCUGGGCCUGGUGCACUUCGGCUUCGUGGUCACCUACCUGUCCGAGCCGCUGGUGCGCGGCUACACCACGGCCGCCGCCGUGCAGGUCUUCGUCUCGCAGCUCAAGUACGUGUUCGGCCUCCAGCUGAACAGCUUCUCUGGGCCGCUGUCCCUCAUCUAUACGCUGCUGGACGUCUGCUGGAAGCUGCGCCAGAGCGUGGUGGGCGCCGUGGUCACGGCCGCCGUGGCAGGGCUGGUGCUGGUGGCCGUGAAGCUGCUGAACCACAAGCUGAAGCGACACCUGCCCCUGCCGCUCCCCGGGGAGCUGCUCACGCUCAUCGGGGCCACGGCCAUCUCCUACGGCGUGGGCCUCCAGCACAGGUUCGGGGUGGAUGUCGUGGGCAGCAUCCCUGCAGGGCUGGUGCCCCCCGUGGCCCCCAGCCCCCAGCUGUUCGCCAGCCUCGUGGGCAACGCCUUCGCCAUCGCCGUGGUGGGGUUCGCCAUCGCCAUCUCCCUGGGGAAGAUCUUCGCCCUGAAGCAUGGCUACCGGGUGGACAGCAACCAGGAGCUGGUGGCCCUGGGCCUCAGCAACCUCAUCGGGGGCGUCUUCCAGUGCUUCCCCGUGAGCUGCUCCAUGUCCCGGAGCCUCGUCCAGGAGAGCGCCGGGGGCAACACGCAGGUGGCCGGAGCCGUCUCCUCCCUCUUCAUCCUCAUCAUCAUCCUCAAACUUGGGGAGCUCUUCCAAGACCUGCCCAAGGCGGUCCUGGCGGCCAUCAUCAUCGUGAACCUGAAGGGCAUGCUGCUGCAGUUCCGGGAUGUCUGCUCCCUGUGGAGGGCGAACCGCGUGGACCUGCUCAUCUGGCUGGUGACCUUCGUGGCCACCAUCCUGCUGAACCUGGACCUGGGCCUGGCCGUGGCCGUGGCCUUCUCGCUGCUGCUCGUGGUGGUCCGCACGCAGCGGCCCCACUAUUCUGUCCUGGGGCAGAUUCCAGACACAGAUGUUUACAGAGACGUGGCAGAGUACGCAGAGGCCAGGGAGGUCCCGGGCGUGAAGGUCUUCCGUUCCUCGGCCACUGUGUACUUUGCCAACGCUGACCUCUACAGCGACGCGCUGAAGCAGAGGUGCGGCGUGGACGUCGACCACCUCAUCUCCCGGAAGAAGAAGCUGCUCCGGAAGCAGGAGCUGAAGCUGAAGCGCCUGCGGAGGAAGGCCCAGAAACAGGCCCAGAAACAGGCCGCUGCCUCCACGGGCACUUCUGUCCCCAUCGAUGUCAACACCAGCGACGGCGCCAUCAAGAGCCAGGAUGAGGACGGCCCCAAGGCCCAGCAGGUGAGCACGGAGCAUGAACUAGCGGAGCCAGCGGCCAGCGGGCAGGAAGGUGCCCAGGCCCCAGACGGGUGCACGCUGAAGAGCCUGGGCCUGUCCCCGCCCGCCUUCCACAGCCUCGUCCUGGACCUGGGCGCCCUCUCCUUCGUGGACACCGUGUGCAUCAAGAGCCUGAAGAACAUUUUCCGUGACUUCCGGGAGAUCGAGGUGGAGGUGUACAUGGCCGGCUGCCAAGCCCCCGUGGUCGCCCAGCUGGAGGCCGGGCACUUCUUCGACUCGUCCAUCACGAAGCAGCACCUCUUCGCCUCCGUCCACGACGCCGUCCUCUUCGCCCUCCAGCACCCGCGGUCCGGCCCCGUCAGCCCUGUUCUGGUCACCAAGCUCUGACCUCGCUGCCACCUGCGGAGACGGCCGCCUCUGGGCUGCGCGGGGCUGAGCACCCCCAUCCGCUCCGGAUGUCACUCGGGAGUCCCCUCCGCACACACACACACGACUCAGGGAUGGAGGGCCCGACUCCACACACACUGCCGUCGCCUGGGCUGGGCCCUGGCCAGGUUGGGGGUGGGCAUGAGUGUUUUCAGCUUCAGGAAUAAAGACUCAUUUGCCCAACACCCGGCUCUGCUGUGACUGGUGGGCACCAGGGGGCCGCGGCCCUGGCCCCUGACUCUUGUUAUGCCCCAAAGUGGGAACUGGCGUUAAAUGUCGGGAGCCAGGGUGCAGAAGGCGGGCCAGGCCCAGGGCGGGGCACCCAGGCUCCUGUUUUCCCAGCCACACAGCCCUGGCGCUGGGCCUCCCUGGUGCAGUCGCUGGGCCUCCCUGGUGCAGUCGCUGGGACCAGCUGCCUCAGGAAGGGCCUGUCCUCGGGGUCCCCCUGUAGGGUCGGGCAGGGCAGGCCUCCGGGCAGCCGGGGAGGGAGGGUGUCUGAGCAACCGGCGGAAGCGCCCGCGCUCACAGGUGCGGCUGGUCCCACUUAGAGGUAAGAGUGCGGGUGACUGAUUUGCUUGGGAAAAUGCCGCUGUUAGAGGUCACCUGGGCUCUGCAGGUCAAGGUCAGCCAAUCUCCGCCUAAAACGCCAACAUCUGCCCCGGAUGGUAUGCUCAGUGGGUAGAGCGUCGGACUGGGGACUGAAAGGUCCCGGGUUCGAUUUCGGUCAGGGGCACAGGCCCGGGUUGCAGGCUCGAUCCCCA